UGGCAGCUCACACUUAAACGGGAAAAAAAUCUUAAUUUAAUCACAAUGUGUCGAUAACCAGUGCAUCUAAUAUAGUUUUCUUAAGUUAUUUAUAAUACACAUUUAGAUUAGUAAGACAGGUCAACAUUCAUUAAGAAAUGGCUCAACUAUAUAUAAACCUAUAGAUGGAAGCCUCUAGGAUAUCACAUUUGACUAGCUCUAAGAAGGAUAAGUUUAAGCAGGAUUAAUCACAAUUAAUUGAAUAUGGCAAGUUUCAUCAAGUUAUGGGUUUGCCUUAUCUUGCUUCUACUCGAGCUCUCGGUGCAUCAAUGCCGGCCACUGGUUGGGGAAGAGAGGCCUUCAGAUUCGGGGAACAUAAGAAAGAUGAUGAGAGAACUUCUCAGAAGAUCAGAAGAGAUGAAGGUGAGAUCUAAAGGCGAGGAAACAGUCCUAGGCCAUACCUUUGAUUCAAAACGACUUAGCCCGGGUGGACCGGACCCUAGACAUCAUUAAAACCGUGUGUAAUUGGUAUAUCCUUUGGUGAGGUUUUCACGCUUGUAACGUCAAUAGAGGCUUUGCAUAAGGGUCUGUGGUGUGUCCCUAAGGUUUUUUUUUUUUUGUUGUUGCUAAUGUGUAACCCUAAGGUUACCAUCUUAUUAACAUUGACAUCAAACUAUCUUGAAAUAGAAUGUCUGUGUGUUUAUCUAAACCAAGCCGUACUAGAUCAUUGUCCUUCUUUUAAUAUUAACCGGAUUUCUUUUGUGUGUACCAAAAACUAUGAGGACUGGAAUAUGAUAUAUCUCUCUUUUUUUUUGUCUUAACAGAUGGUUAGUUAAAAAUGACCACCAUGCACAAGUCCAUGGGUUUAAUUAUAUCAUUUCAGAAUCUAAUUUCGUUCAACUUAUUACAGUUCAAAUAUAGUAUCAGAUUAUAACAAGCACAUAUUGAUUUCUACUGAUUGCAUUUUAUAAUUUAAACCAUUACAAAUUUUGAAGUCUCGGAAGUAAAAGCUACAUUUCUAAUUAAUUUAUGCUAUUCUAAUUAAAAAAUUUACUCCCUGCUGCUCUACUUAGGAUAUUUCGAAGAUAGUUUAAAACGAACAGGCAUUGCUAAUCACUCGUCAAACUAAAUAAAGGAAGACAUUAUUCAAUACUUUUUAGCGUGGAGUACGUACUCUCUAUUCAAUAAUCCCACUACUAUCGUUGCAUAGAUGUAUCAGAUUAUAACAAGCACAUAUUGAUUUCUACUGAUUGCAUUUUAAAAUUUAAACCAUUACAACUUUUGAAGUCUCGGCAGUAAAAGCUACAUUUCUAAUUAAUUUAUGCUAUUCUAAUUAAAAAAAUCACUCCCUGCUGCUCUACUUAGGAUAUUUCGAAGAUAUUUUAAAACGAACAGGCUUUGCUAAUCACUCAUCAAAGUAAAUAAAGGAAGACAUUAUUCAAUACUUUUUAGCGUGGAGUACGUACUCUCUAUUCGAUAAUCCCACUACUAUCGUUGCAUAGAUGUAUGCCACGACAAAAAUCGUAAUCAGUCGAAAGUGGAUGCUACCACAUAUGUUAAUCUCAGAAAGUACACUUGCACGCAUGCAUCUCUCUCUCUAUAUUAUAUAUACACACACAUAUAUUAUUAUGUAUAUCCUAAAACAAAGAAAAUUCUCGCACCAACUUGGCACAUUUUAGAAUUCAACCGUCGCUUGACUG